AAAGAUAUACAAAAUAAAGCGAAAUACGUUUUCUCUCUCCUCAGAGUGUGAGAAAGUGAGAGAGAGAUUGGUUAAGUCAAGAAGACAAAGAAACCCCCAUCAUCGUAUACAUCUUAUAUUGUGUCUUAUCAGAAUAUUUUUAUUUCUUUCCAUUCUCAAACUAGUUGCUUUUCCAUUCCUUUCCUUUCUUCUGCCUUCGUUUCAGCUUUUUCAGCCGCCUCUUCUCUCUGCAACCAUCGAGUCUUUUCGUUCAAUUCCGAGCUUGUUGGAUUCACAGAAGUUUACUGACCGACUUUCUCUCAUUCCUUGUGAAUUAAGCUUGUAGGAGUAGUUCAAAUCAGAAAGCUGGCACUCUCAAUGCAUAAACGAUAAUGAACAUGCACCCUGCUUUAUCUGUUCAGAGAUCAGGUGACAAGCAGCUGAGAGACAUGGGGGCUGGAGCUAUGUCUUCAUCUUUUCCAGUUUUUGCUUCCCCUCUUGAUGACAAGUAUUCCAAAUAUCCAGAUUCUUUUCAGGUUUCCUCAGGAAGGGAACCAGUCACAAAUUCCAUUUCAACACAAGCUUCUGCAUUAGUGUCCAACAGCAAUAUUGACGGGCGCUUGUUGACACCAUCUCCCGGAUGGCUACCCCAAAAUUCUCCAUUUAUAUCUCAGUCAUCAACUGAUGGAGCAUCAUUUCCGCCUAACCAUUCUUCCCAUCAGGAUUUGCAAUCUCCAGUAUUGAUUAAUCAAUAUGAAGGAAGACAGGAUAUCCCCUGGUAUACAGAUACACUUCAGGAUUUCCCUGAUUUUCCAGAUGAUGUCCAUGUUCAGACCGGUCAGGUGGAAGGCACUACUGGUGUCAUAACAUCUGAGGACCAUACAAGGAGAAAUGAUUGGCAGUGGGCUGAUGGGUUAAUUUCUGAGCUGGACCAGGACUGGAAUGACCUCCCCAAUGUUAAUGUAAUUGAUCCCAUAUCAGAGCAAACCCAGAUCCACCAGCAGCCUCCUGUACCAACUGCAGAAUUUCGCAGUGUUGCUAAUACGUUGUCCACAGCACCUCCAACAAAGUCCCGAAUGCGUUGGACGCCAGAACUUCACGAGGCCUUUGUGGAAGCUGUCAAUCAGCUUGGUGGUAGUGAACAUGCUACUCCAAAGGGUGUCAAAAAUCUCAUGAAUGUUGAAGGCCUGACCAUAUAUCAUGUUAAAAGCCACUUGCAGAAAUAUCGAACAGCAAGACACAAACCAGAGUCAUCAUCGGAAGGAACUUCAGAGAAAAAAUUUACUUCUAUUGAAGAAGCAAAAUCUGCAGACAUAAAAACGACUAUGGGAAUCACAGAAGCAUUGAGGUUGCAGAUGGAACUUCAGAAGCGACUUCAUGAACAGUUAGAGAUUCAAAAAAAGUUGCAGUUGCAAAUUGAACGACAGGGGCAGUAUCUUCAAGAGAUGUUUGAGACACACAAAAAGAUUGAAGAUGGAAAAAGUAAGACAUCCACAUCUGCCCUGGAUGAUCCUUCUGUUCCGCUAUCAAAUGCCAUUGCAGAUGUCAAAGCAGAAACCUUAAAAUUGGAUCAACCCAAAGCAGGAAUUGGAGCUAGUAACGCCAACCCCACACCUGAAGAAGGUUUUUGGGACAUAAGUCGGGAACAAAGGGCACAUGAACCAGUUGAUGGUGAGUCUAAUGCUUCACCGACAAAACGAGCAAGGACAGAUCAAACAGGCAACAUCAUCAACUAAAUCUACAUCUGAUUAAAAUCCUUUAGACAUUUGCUUUCUCUUUAGCUGUAGGCCUGGAUAGAAAAUAUAUGCGCAAUAGGAUGGAAUGUGCCAUAUGAAACCAGUAGAUGUUUUGGAGCUUUAGGCAUUAUUCUUCCUUUGUGUAGCAUUUCAUGUUUGCUUCAUUUAGCGAAGAUGCAAAGUUCCAAUUUGGAUGAUCUAGUUUUCUAGUUAUCUUGUUCUGUCCCCAGCAAAGGGCUGAACGCAUUGGAAAAUGGAACUUAAAAAAUUUGGAUUUCCUGUAAAUGUAUCUAUCAUUAAAAAAAAAAUCUGCUGCAUGUCCUGGUGGAAUGCUUAUUAGUAGGAACUUGUAGGAAUAUGGCACUAUCAAGCAACGUUUUACCUGAAUCAUGAUAGUCAUUAUGUAUAUUUUCUUAACUUCAACAAAGUGUAAAUUAUGUGAUCUUCAUUUGUAUA